AUGACCCUGAGCACGGAGAUGUCCGAUGCCUCCGGCCUCGCGGAGGAGACAGACAUCGACGUGGUAGGGGAGGGCGAAGACGACGACGACGAGGAGGAGGACGACGACGAGGGCAGCGGUGGCGUGUCCCGCCUGGCGGUCCCCGCGCAACGGCGGCGGCGGCGGCGCUCCUACGCCGGGGAGGACGAGCUAGAGGACCUGGAGGAGGAGGAGGAGGAGGACGAUGACAUCCUGCUGGCCCCGCGCUCAGGGGCCUCCCCCGCGCCCCCGGGCCCAGCCCCAGCGGCGGGGGCCGGGGCCGCUGGGGGCGGCGGCGCGGGCGCGGGAGGCGGCGGCGGCGGCGGCGGCGCGACCGCGGGCGGCGGCGCCAAGAACCCGCUGGUGAAGCCGCCCUACUCGUACAUCGCGCUCAUCACCAUGGCCAUCCUGCAAAGCCCCAAAAAGCGGCUGACGCUGAGCGAGAUCUGCGAGUUCAUCAGCGGCCGCUUCCCCUACUACCGGGAGAAGUUCCCCGCCUGGCAGAACAGCAUCCGCCACAACCUCUCGCUCAACGACUGCUUCGUCAAGAUCCCCCGCGAGCCCGGCAACCCCGGCAAGGGCAACUACUGGACGCUGGACCCCGAGUCCGCCGACAUGUUCGACAACGGAAGCUUCCUGCGGCGGAGGAAGCGCUUCAAGAGGCAGCCGCUGCUCCCGCCCAACGCCGCCGCCGCCGCCGAGUCGCUGCUGCUGCGCGGCGCUGGGGGCGCGGGGGGCGCGGGCGACCCGGCGGCCGCCGCCGCGCUCUUCCCGCCCGCGCCGCCGCCGCCGCCGCACGCCUACGGCUACGGCCCCUACGGCUGCGGCUACGGCCUGCAGCUGCCGCCCUACGCGCCGCCUUCGGCCCUCUUCGCCGCCGCCGCGGCCGCCGCGGCCGCCGCCGCCUUCCACCCGCACUCGCCCCCGCCGCCGCCGCCCCCGCCGCCCCCGCCGCCGCACGGCGCGGCCGCCGAGCUGGCCCGGACCGCCUUCGGCUACCGGCCGCACCCUCUCGGCGCCGCCCUGCCCGCGCCCCUCCAGGCCUCCGCGGCCAAGGCGGGCGGCCCGGGCGCCUCGGCGCUGGCGCGCUCGCCCUUCUCCAUCGAGAGCAUCAUCGGGGGCAGCCUGGGCCCGGCCGCCGCGGCCGCCGCGCAAGCCGCCGCCGCGGCGCAGGCCUCGCCCGCCCCCUCCCCCGUGGCGCCAUCCGCGCCCGCGCCCGGGUCCGGAUCCGGCGGCGGCGGCUGCGGGGCUCAGGCGGCUGUAGGCCCGGCGGCCGCGCUCACCCGCUCGCUCGUGGCCGCCGCGGCCGCCGCCGCCUCCUCGGUCUCCUCGUCGGCCGCCCUGGGGACUCUGCACCAAGGGACUGCCCUGUCCAGUGUCGAGAACUUUACUGCUAGGAUUUCAAACUGUUAAUAACGCUAUGUUAGCGCGCUUGGGAAAGAGAAGGUAGGAAUCCCGGCUCCUUUUUUUUUCCCUUCAUGUUGGUGGUUUGGUGUUUUGUUCGCUCCUCGGGGCGCGGCCCCUCCCGACCUCGCGCCCCGGUUUUCGCCUCUUGGGAUUCUCAGACCCGACUCUGUUUGGCAGCAGCUGAGGUGCGGUUUUCGGCUCUGCGGGUCCCUCUAUUUAUGCAAAGUCGCCCUAUGCUGCAGCCUCCCACCCCGACGCGGGGUGGGGAGGAAGAGGGUGCUGGUGGGUGCCCUCCCUUGUGUAAGCGCAAGGGGCUUCCUUGACUUGUGGGAAAAUUAAAAAAAAAAAAAAUCUAAGCCUUUAUGAAGGUCUAGAGAUUCUCAGGUCCAGGCGUUGAAAGUAUCAAUAAUGUUCAAAAGAAUGUAAAGGUCCUGAUUUACUAUUUACGGUUUUACGAAUUUUUAUUUACUAUUUACGAAUAGUAAAGGUCCUGAAGAGUGCCAGCGAACCAAUAGUUUUUACUUGAGGACACUCGUCUGGUGUAGUUUUUCAUGAAAAGGAAAAAUGAUUAACAUGUUUACACAAGGAAAAAAGUCAAAAUUACCAUUUCUUAUUUUAACCUGUGUUUUGUAUCAUAAUGGACAUGCGGAAUUUUUAUUUUGUACUUACUGCGUAUUCUUUACAAGGAGUAUUGUAAAUUUUACUGGCAAUUAUUAUUGUACUAUUCUAAUGUAAGAUUUUUACACUUUUUCAGAAAUAAAAUGCUUAAUUUUCAAAGAAAA